AUGAGAUUUACCAAUAUUCUUUUAAUAAUCGCUAUGGUUAUUGCUGCCGUUGCAGCUCAAUAUAAACCAGUUGUUUUAAUGCAUGGAGUUAACUCUGGAGCAAAAGACAUGAACCUUGUAAAGGAAUGGAUUCAACAAGCUUUACCAGGAAUCUAUGUAGUCAAUGUUGAAAUUGGUAAUGGAAAGUUGGACUCUAUUUUUAUGACCAUGGACGAACAAGUCGAAGCAUACACCAAGGUUGUCACUUCUGAUCCACAAUUGGCCAACGGUUUCAAUGCUAUUGGUUUCUCCCAAGGCAGUCUUGUCACCAGAGGUUACAUUCAACGUGUCAACAACCCACCAGUCCACAACUACGUAUCGUGGGCUGGCCCCCAAAUGGGUCAAUUCGGAACCCCCUUUAUCAAUAUCAAAUGGUUGGAUAGAAUCUUGGGAUCUGUCCCAUAUGAAAAAUGGGCUCAACACCACAUCUCCUCUGCUCAAUACUGGAAGGAUCCAUAUCACCUCGAAAAGUAUCUCUCUCGUUCCGCUUUCUUGGCCGAUAUUAACAACGAACGUGACCAAAAGAACCAAACUUAUGCUGACAACCUCUCUAGUUUGAAUGCUUUUGUCCUCUCUUACAGCACUGUUGACAAGACCAUCGUUCCAAAGGAAUCUGGAUGGUUUGGUUUCUAUGCCAACAACACCCAAUCCACCAUCGUCCCAUUGCAAGAAUCCCAACUCUAUCUCCAAGAUUUCAUUGGUCUCCGUGCCCUCGAUGAAGCUGGUCGUCUCCAUUUCUACUCUACCGACUGUAAGCACGGUGACUACAAUGGUAACGCUUGCAAGAACUACUUUACCCUUUACACUCUUCCAUGGUUGCAAAACUAA